UGGGUCACGUGCCGGGGGGGGCAGUGCGCGCGCUGGGGCCCGGCGGGGGCGGCGCGAGGACGGGCCGGGGCCCGCACUGACCCGCUCGCCGCCGCCCCGCACGCACCGCCCGCCUGCCUCGGGCCGCCGCCCCUCAUGGCCCGUCCCCGCCCGCCGCCGCCGCUGCUGCUCCUGCUGCUGCUCGGAUUCUUAGAGACAGCAUCUUCAAUCUUUGAGGUGAAAAACAGCACGGGGACAACAUGUAUCCUGGCUAACUUCUCAGCAGACUUCUCGGUGAACUACAGCACCAAAAAUGGCUCCAAGAGCGAGGCUUCUUUCAAACUUCCAUCGAGCGCAGAAGUAUUAAACAGCAGCUCCUGCGGGCAAGAGAAUGGUUCCAAUGCCGUUCUAGUGAUCGGCUUUGAAGAAGGGCACUCAUUAACCCUGAAUUUCACAAAGAAUGAAGAGGAGUACAGAGUCCAACAAAUGAGUUUGGCGCUCAACCUGUCCGACACAAAUAUUUUCCACGACGCCCAGUCCAACGGAACGAGGCAGGAGGAGUCAGGCACCGACAUUGAAGCAGGCCUGCACAGAAAGUAUCGGUGCGUGAGCCAGAACCAGGUAAAGAUGGGGAAUGCGACGGUCACCUUCAGCGACGUCACCCUCCAGGCCUAUCUUUCGAACAACAGUUUCAGCAAGGAAGAAACACGUUGUCGUCAGGACAGGCCCUCGCCGACGACCAAGCCGACGACGAGCCCUGCUCCUACUCCACCUCCAAGGCCAGAAACCCCCUCCGUUCACACCUAUAACAUUACUGACGCCAAUGGGACCACUUGCCUGCUUGUCAGCAUGGGCUUGCAGCCUAACGUCACCUAUGAAAAGAAAGACUCGAAGAUGGCUGUCGACGUGUUCAACAUCAACCCCAAUAAAACCUUGGUGAAAGGGAACUGUACAUCUCCCGCAGUCACCCUGGAGCUGCAGUCGGAAAACACCACAUCUCUGACUUUCCAGUUUGGCAUGAAUGAAACUACUACCAAAUUUUUCCUGGAAGGGAUCCAUCUUAGAACGGCUUUGCCUCCUGAUGCUAAAGAAAUGUGGUUUGAUGCUGCAAACACAUCCCUGAAGGCACUGCAAGCCACAGUUGGAAACUCCUACAGGUGCAACACCGAGGAAAGCGUUCGAGUGACGAAGGACUGUUCGGUCAACAUAUUCACCGUUCAGGCCCAGGCUUUCAGGGUUGAAGGCGGCAAAUUCGGACCCGUGGAAGAAUGCCAGUUGGAUGAGAACAACAUGCUGAUCCCCAUAGCCGUCGGGGCGGCCCUGGCCGGCCUCGUGCUCAUCGUCCUCAUCGCCUAUCUCAUCGGCCGAAAGCGGAGUCACGCCGGCUACCAGACCAUCUGAGGAGGCCGCCGCCCAGGCCCCCGCCGCAAGUCUACCCAGAGGCCUGCCUGGCUCCCUCUUCUCCGAGCUCAAGUUGACAACGAAUGGGAGGUUCGCUCUCUAUCUCACCACCUUCUUCAAGCCUACUUCUUCUACCCAGUGUGAAAUCCAUCUCGACCCAUUUCCUAUACCCGGAGGAGGGACUUCCGAAAACUACAUUAACUGUGCUAACUGGUUAAUCUUUUACCAAAAUAGAAAUCUCGAGGGUAAGAGCGCUUUCCUAAAAUCGGCACUGACUCCAUUCUGCUUUCACUUUUUUUUUUUUCUUAAGACGGGCGUUAACUUUCUCCAUUCUUCACUUCUCAGAUUUAGGCCGCACAAAGGGGGCGAAUAAAAAAUAAUCCUUCCUCCUUAAUCUAACACUCAACUACUUCCGUUCCUGGGAGUUUUGUGUUCAAGUAACAAGUGACGCGCGUCCUAAACCCAACAAGGACCGCUCCGAAAGGUUGGCGCCGUGACACUUUAGUAAGCUUUAAGCACCAGAAACCGCCUGGCCUGAGCAAUGCAAUAGUCAAAUCUUAUCAGAACUCGUGUAACUGGGCAAACCCCUUCCCUGGCAAUUUAAAUGCUCUGCCAAUUUAAGAGCUGGCACUUUUUAAAAUCUAUCUAAAAAUGGGUGUUAUUUUUAUUUACUUUUUUUGUAAAGUGAAUUCAGUCUUCUGGUUGAAAUUCAGGGUGAUCCUAUUUUCUGCACAUGUGUACAAUGUAGAUCUCACACUGCUGAUUUAUCUGCUUUAAGCUUGGAUGGGGUUGUACACUUUAAGGAUCAGUUUGUAUGUACGCAUUGCCUGUAACAAUGCUAAUAAAGAUUUUUUUUCUUUGUUAA